AUGAAUAUCAAAUCUCUCCUCGCCCUGUCCUCUUUCCUCCUCCCUACCUUGGCAGUCCCUCAAUAUGCAUCCCCUUCAUAUCCCACCAUCUCAAACGACUCCAACACCACCAACCCUCAAACCCCAAAUUUCUCCUCCCAACGACUCUGGAACCUCACAAACCGCUUCCUCCAAAACCACAUGUACCCCCUCAAUAUCGCCCAAUCCCUGUCCAUAAACUCUUCCCUCUUAUCCGAAGAUAUUCUCGGCCGCGUAGAUGCCACCCGCGAUUACGCAGGCAGAGAGCUAAACACUGAAUAUCUCUUCGGCCUCUUUGCAAAUAUUGCUUUGAACCCUGACGCUUUUACUCUGCUGGGCUAUCCCAUAAACUACACUUUUACGAGAUUCUUGGGGCAAGGAAAUGUGGUCUCUUUCGCGGCUGUUGUGGAGUACAAGUUACCGGUUACUGGCACUACGAUCCCUCAGGAGCUGGACUUUUGGGUGACGUAUAACGACAAGGGUGAGAUAAGUCAGUAUGAUGGGUGUGUACUUAUUCCUUUUCUCCACUACUUCCUCUUUCCCCUUCCACCUUCUCUUCUCCUCUCCUUUCCAACCUUAGUACCCACGACUAAUCGUAAGGAAAGCAACUUCCGCUACCUACAAUGGCAAUUAAACAGCACAAUCGCCACAAUCGCCAAACUCCAAAACCUCUCCACCACCACCGAUUUGACCCCCCUCCUCCACGCCAAACUCGCAACUUCCAUCUGUGAAACCGCGACAACAUUUUGCAAUGGCACGAAUCUGCAGUAUGAAAGCCAAGCAACAUGUGAAGAUUACCUAGGUAAACAGACGAGAUUUGGAGAGGGUUGGGAGUGGGGAAUGGAUACUGUUGCUUGUCGUAUGAUUCAUCAGAAUAUGGUGCCCCUACGUCCAGAUGUUCAUUGCGAACAUAUCGGUCCUUCAGGCGGUGGUAUGUGUGUAGAUGAUCGCACAUAUGUUGGAAACCUGGAGGAAGACUAUUUCGUCAACACGCCUUUCUUGGCCCCAGGCUUGGAAGGUGGGGUUAUGUAA